AUGAAUAAACAUAUAAAUAUUGAUGAUGAUGGUAUGAGCGAUACAUUCGGUUCAGAUAGUGAUUCUGAAAUUUUUGGAAGUGACUCUGAAGUUGAAACUGUUGAAAGUCACAAUAUUAUGUCCUUAGAAUACUUGAACAAUACUAUUAAGCAAUUGGAAAAAGAAAUCAAGAGUAAUAAACAUAGUGAGGUGGUAAAGGCACGUCUUUAUACAAUACUGUCCUAUUUUCGUCUUGUAGAGCGUGGCCGUGAAAGGAUUGAGGCAAGCAUUAUUGUGGCAGAAGCAGCUGGAAAAGGUGUUUAUCAUGCUCGUUGCAUACGUGCAUGGGCAAUAAAUUAUAUUAAAAAUGGUGAAUUCCCAAUUUCAAGACAAGGCAAACAUCCAAAAACUUGGAGUUUUCUAUGGGAUGACGAU